UUAAACACAAGUUGAAUUUUCUCUCAUUUAGGCUAUAUAUGCUUUUAACUAGUUUUAGGCUGUAGUGUUGUUUUGGGGGGAUUUCACCCUGGACCGGUGCGGGAUGCUAUCUCACGCCGACCUCCUGGAUGCGCGUCUCGGCAUGAAGGAUGCAUCCGAGCUUCUUGGACACAGAGAAGCCUUGAAGUGUCGACUUGGAGGAUCGGACACGGGACAUCCAGGCGACAUGGCCCCGGGUGGGGAUUCUGUUGAGGGCGCAACACUUCUCCCAGGAGAUGAUAUUAAUAGUGGAUCCAAUCCUUCCGGUAUGCAGGUCAACUCAAAAGAUCAAGACAAACACCAUCAGCAGAUCUCCAACCAGUCGAACCAACAGACUCAGCAGCAGAAACAGAAACGUCACCGGACCCGUUUUACCCCUGCUCAGCUUAACGAGCUCGAGAGGAGCUUCGCUAAGACCCAUUACCCUGAUAUCUUCAUGAGAGAGGAGCUCGCACUCAGAAUCGGUUUAACGGAAUCGCGAGUGCAGGUUUGGUUCCAGAACCGACGUGCCAAGUGGAAGAAGCGCAAGAAGACCACCAACGUUUUCCGUGCUCCCGGCACCUUGCUGCCCACGCACGGUCUGCCUCAGUUCCCAUCAGCGGCGGCGGCUGCAGCAGCGAUGGGGGAUAGCCUAUGUUCUUUUCAUGCCAAUGACACCCGUUGGGCUGCAGCUGGUAUGCCCGGGGUUUCACAGCUCCAACUCCCGCCAACCCUGGGUAGGCAGCAGGCCAUGGCCCAGUCCCUGUCCCAGUGCAGUCUGUCGGGUAACCAUCAUUCAAAUUCGAUGGGCCUCUCCAAUGGGUUGUCAUCCAACGGGGGUGGCCUUCAAUCCCACCUGUACCAACCCACAUUCGGCGGGAUGGUCCCAGCGUCCCUCUCUGGCCCCACUAAUGUCACCGGCUCUCCCCAGCUCUGCAGCUCCCCGGAUAGCGAUGUGUGGAGAGGGAGUAGCAUCGCUUCUCUGCGCCGCAAAGCACUGGAGCACACGGUUUCUAUGAGUUUCACCUAAUGAUGAUGAACGCUCAAUGUGUGUUUUUUUAUUCUUUCAACCCCGCCAUUUUAAACAGAGGGAACGAUUUACUCAGGUUCUGAAAUUCGUCACCAGAAAUAGUCAAUGAGAGCUGACGACGUGCCGAUAGCAUUUCAUUUUUUUCUUUUCUCAACUCUUGAUUGUAUUUUGCACAUUAUCAGUAAAAUUAUACUCAUUAAUUGGAUCCUAAAUAACCCUCUGUAUCUAAACCUUCGUCUAUUUGGGCUAUUUAUUUGAUGUAUUUAACUUAUUUAUGUACAGUAUUUAUAGACAGGCAGUCGUCAUAUGUAGGGGUCGCGUUAUCUGUGGUUGUAGGUUUUUAAAAAGUCUUUUAAAAAGUAUCAUAUCAUAUUUGGUUUCGUUUAGUUUGGUUUGACUAAACUGACAUUAUUUACAAAUGAUUGAACAAAACUGGGACACCGUUCCCGGUUCCACAUGCACAGCAUGCGAGACUUGGUUCAAGGAUAGACAGUGUAGGCUGAAAAGGACUUUGCGAACUUCAUUUUUGUAGGCUGUAAAGAAACACGUCUCACCGCAAAAAAGGGAACGAAUAAAAAAAAUACCAUUUUACAACUUCGGCUGCAUGUGUUGGCCGAAUAAAAAACAAGGCGAAAUGACAAGACAAAAGUUAUGUUAAAGAUGAGAUGUUUGUAUAAGCAUUCUUGUUAAUUGAUCUAUUAAUUUAUUUGUGGUAUGUUUACUGUCUGUGCUUAUUACUGAAAUAGGGUUCUUAACUGUUUGACUUACACCAAAAGCAUCUCACUGUUCCUUUAACAGGUUUAUAUGAAAUUAUUGUAA